CAGAGUGCGCGGGGCGGCGCGCGGCGUGCAGGUCGCAUCUGUGGCUCGGGUGCCGGCAGGUGCUGGCGGGACUGGCGGGGAUCGCCGUGGACUGCCUCAGGGGCGCCGCCGCCCGCCUGGCCCGAGGGCCCGCCUAACCGCGCCGCCCGCGCCCGCUCCUCGUCGGCCCGCGCCCGGAGCGCGGGGGCUGCCGGCGCUGGGCACUCGGCGGCCACCGGGGAUCGGGGCUGAGGGGCCAGUUCCCGCCUCCCUGCCGCCGCCGCCGCCGCCGCCGCCUCCCAGCCGACCGCCCGGCUUGGCGGCCGCCGCCGCCGCGUCUGGCCCCCGGGUCCGCGCCGCUGGGGGCGCGGGCGGGGUCGGGGGUUGCCGGGCGCCGCCGCCCGUGCGCCUGGAGUCCACGUCCCGGGCCCGGCGGCCGGCGAGCAUGGAGGAGAAGUACCUGCCCGAGCUGAUGGCGGAGAAGGACUCCCUGGACCCCUCCUUCACGCACGCCCUGCGCCUGGUGAACCAAGAAAUAGAAAAGUUUCAAAAAGGAGAAGGCAAGGAUGAAGAAAAGUACAUCGAUGUGGUGAUUAAUAAGAACAUGAAACUGGGACAGAAAGUGUUAAUUCCUGUAAAACAGUUCCCUAAGUUCAACUUUGUGGGGAAACUUUUGGGUCCACGUGGGAAUUCUCUGAAGCGUUUACAAGAAGAAACCUUGACAAAAAUGUCCAUCCUUGGGAAAGGUUCCAUGAGAGACAAGGCCAAGGAAGAAGAGUUGAGGAAAAGUGGAGAAGCGAAGUACUUCCAUCUCAAUGAUGAUCUCCAUGUUCUCAUUGAAGUGUUUGCCCCACCUGCAGAAGCUUAUGCCAGAAUGGGACAUGCUUUGGAAGAAAUCAAAAAGUUCCUCAUCCCUGAUUAUAAUGAUGAGAUCAGGCAAGCACAGCUCCAGGAAUUAACAUAUUUGAAUGGUGGUUCAGAAAAUGCAGAUGUUCCAGUGGUUCGAGGGAAACCCACCUUGCGUACAAGAGGUGUACCAGCUCCCGCAAUAACCAGGGGAAGGGGAGGAGUUACAGCCCGGCCAGUUGGAGUUGUAGUACCACGAGGGACGCCAACUCCCAGAGGAGUCCUGUCCACCCGAGGGCCAGUGAGUCGAGGAAGAGGACUUCUCACUCCCAGAGCAAGAGGAGUCCCCCCAACUGGGUACAGACCUCCACCGCCACCCCCAACACAAGAGACUUAUGGAGAAUAUGACUAUGAUGAUGGAUAUGGCACUGCUUAUGAUGAACAGAGUUAUGAUUCCUAUGAUAACAGCUAUAGCACCCCAGCCCAAAGUGGUGCUGAUUACUAUGACUACGGACAUGGACUCAGUGAGGAGACUUAUGAUUCCUACGGGCAAGAAGAGUGGACUAACUCAAGACACAAGGCACCUUCAGCGAGGACAGCAAAGGGCGUCUACAGAGACCAGCCAUAUGGCAGAUACUGAUUGUACUGUCUGAUGUUGUGAAAUAGCCAAUCUCCACCAGUCCUGUAUACUGUUCAAAGUAAUUUUUUUCUAUGAACAAUCCCUUUUUAAAUAAAUCAAAAUGCUUAAAAUCUGAAUGGAUGGAACUUAAAACUACUUUGUUGAAACAUCAACCUGGGCAGAAAAAAAAAAAAAAAAAGACAUGUAAAAUUUUGUUAUUUCCAGUCUGUAUAUGAAAAAAUAGGUCAUCAAAAGAAAAAAAAUAACUUUGAUUAACUAGUGUUAAACAAAAAAUAGGUUUACUAAAUAUGUUAAUCUAUUCUUUUAACAUAAGCCUCACCUUUCAUUUUAAAGGUUUCCAUAGAAUUUAGUUAUUUUAUCUUUCAGCCAUAUGCUAGUUUUUUUUCUCUUGCCAACAUGCGUAAAAAGGGAAGCCAAUUACAAGUGCAAAUAAUGUGGUAUUCUUUUGUAACUCAAGUCUUGAAAUGUUCUGUAGUGUUAAGCAAAGUCUCCUCUUGCUUGAUACUAAAUAAACUUUUGAAAGAAA